GCACGUCGAAGGAGGAACCAUGCUAACUCAGGCAUCAUCAAGGAACAGAACAAUAUUGGGUGCCUUCAGGUUACCUACCUCUACCUACCUUCUCCGUCUGGGGCCCUGCCUUCCCUUGGUUCUCUCAUGAAGCUGGAAGAGUCAUGUUCCAUAUCCCUACCAGAUACAGCACGCUUUACCAGCUCAGUUGGGGCACCCAGAAAGCUAUAAGAUCCCUCUCCCCGCCUCGGCUUGUCGUCGGUUUCUUUCUCGUCAGCAUCACAUCUUCAUUCGCUUCAACAUAUCCAUCAUCACCACCAUCACCCUGAUGACUGCCUUAUGGCACAAGGUCCCCUCGUUCCUCUCUAUUCCUCGCUAGCCGGAAACAGUCGACUCCCACGACAACACGUCCCGCGAGACCACGAGCGCAAGCUUUCAGGAAGAUUCCUCUUCCCCCGGCCCAACCUCUCGUCAGAAUUCCUUUCUCUUCAGCAUUUGUUAGUAAAUGUUAUAUCCCGUCCCAUCACAAUAUGGCUUCCGCGUGUCUUAACGCUCUUCUGAUUGCUGUCCUUCCCAAGCUACUCUCUGUUGGCGUCUGGGUUGUUGUCUUGGCUUGGAUUUUUUUCUGGGCCGGCCCGAGUUGGCCGCUACUGCGGUUACCACGAGAACAUGUUCCCUUCCGGGUCCCAGAACUCGGCGAGCUACUAGCUCGCCACCAAGAGCAACAACAACAACAGCAGCAACAGCAGCAGCAGCAGCAGCAAAUCUAUCAAGGUUGGCAGCCCGUCAACAAUACGGACAUCUCCGUAGACCGCCUUGCCAUAGAUUUCGGCAAUCUAACCUUUUCCUCCCGCGGGAGUCUCGAAUUGGCCCCUACUCCUGCCGCCGCCGCCCCUGCUCCUACCGCCGCCGCCCCCGCUGCUCCUGCCGCCGCCCCUCCCGCUAACGCCGCCGCCGCCCGCCCGGAGCCCUAGUGGCGCCCUUGGGUCCCCGAUAACAAUUUUGCGGCCGUUCUUUUUGCGGUUGAAGCCGCGAACGCUGUGACACAAGCUAUUUCGAAUUGGAAAUAGCCAUUCACUUUCCACCUCGACAUUAUGGGAACUUCGUGUUGAAUGUUGAAGCCAUCACCAGUUCUUGGCAUUCUCUUGGUAUUAGUGGAUACGAUCCAUACAUGGCUACCCUGUAUAUAAAUCGGUUUUCAUCCUCCUUUCUUCAUCUUUCUUUCUCUCUCAACCAAUCAAGACUUUCACCAC